AUGAACGUGAACAUCGUGAACAAGGACCGCUACAAAACAGAGCUCUGUAGAAAAUUCAUGGAGAACAGUUCAUGCCCCUACAGCAAGAAGUGCCAGUUUGCUCAUGGAUACCACGAACUGAAACCUGUCACUAGGCACCCCAGGUACAGGACAGAGUUGUGCAGAGAGUACUUCAACCAUGGACUCUGCACGUAUGGAACCAGAUGCAACUUCAUUCAUCAACUUCCUGGAGAAGAAGACAAAAAGGAAACCAAAGAUUUAAAUUCUGUUGGCAAAGCUGACGAUGACGCUAAUGACGACAACCUUCUUGGGGGAAUUUCCAAUGUUGAAGGUUGCAACGAGCGCCCAUACACUCCGAGCAAUGAUUCAGGUCAGCGCAUUAAAAUAUUCCAACUACUCGGUCUUACAGCCCAUUUUGAAAAAUUGUAA